UUUUCCCGUCCUGUUAUGGAUAACGUGCGCUGCACUGAACACGGAAUUCUCUGCUUCUUGAAAACGGGGACACGAGACGGACCCAACAAGGGGAAAAGUUUCUACGUGUGCGGAGCCAAUCGCGGCGCCCCCUGCGGCUUCACACAGCCAGCGGCCGUUCCUGCUUCCCACUGCCUGUUACAUGAAGAUUACAUGGUGGAGCUGCAGGCUCUGGUUGCGCAGGAGUCCGGAGGGUACAGGCUCUUUUAUCGCUGUAUGAAGAGUAAAGCGGAUGGGAAGAAGUGGUGCGGACACGUGCCGUGGAAUGCAACAAACUACAAACAAAAAGCGUCUAAUGCCCCAGAGCAGAACCUGGGGGAAAAGAUGGAGAAACACGGGAGGAAUCCCUUCAAAAUCCUAAAUGAUGACCCCAAGCAUGAUGUGUGGAAGCAGAUGAGCGGAGACAGAAAGAAGAAUGAGGAGGAGAGCAGCGGCCAAGAGGAAAACCAGACGCAGAACGGAGCAGAAAGGAAGAUUCAAGGAGAAAAUGAGCGAAAGAAGAGCGGUGGGGAGGAGAGAAAGAAGAGCGGUGGGGAGGAGAGAAAGAAGAGCGGUGGUGGGGAGAGGGGCGCGAAAGCGAUGAGCGAGCCUCCUGUCCAGGCUGGGGCAGCCAGCAAAACGUGGGAAGAAAAGGUUUCCUUCCAGACGUGGAGAGAGAAGGAGCUGCCCGCUGGAGUAAAGGUCAAGAAGAAGCUUCAGGAAAACUCGGACGGAAAGGAUAUAAGACCUGUCCAUAUGGACGGAGACCCCCAUUUACAAGAUGGGGGCAAAGAUCCCCCCGAGACCAGAGGGGUCCGUGACGCAUCUCUCCAGGAGAGGCUCUCUGGCGGGGGAAAGGAAAAUACCAUCCAGCAUCAAGAAGACAAAAUCCCUGCCAGAGACGCCACGGCAGAGACAGCGGGGGUCUCCAGCGGUCACAAGGAGAGCAUCGCAAGCACCGAGAGCGACCCAAAGGAGCGGGACACCCCCCGGGAAAGCGAGGCAUGCGAUGAUGAUGAUGAUGACGACGACGUGUUGUUUGUGAGCUCCCAGCCUGCGGCGGAGAAGCAGAGGAUCUCCGGUGGAGCCAAGCAGAGGACAAUCACCUCCUUCCCAGGAUUCAGCUCUCAGCCCGAGACCCAGAAAGCAUCGGCCCUGCACGCGCAGCUCACGGCCCAGCUCCAGCAGAAGAAGGCGACGCUGGCAUCGGUUAAUCUGAAGGCUCUGCCGGAUAAGGGGGAGCGCUUGCUGAAGCAGGUGCAGGAUCUGGAAGACGCUGUCGGCUCCUUGAACCUGUCCCCGGAGGCUGAGAAUGGCUCAGGCUGCAGUCAGGACGGGGCAGUAAGAGCUCUUUCUGCCCCACUAAACCCAUUCAGUAAACACGGAGCAGCUGAGUCCGGGGCCGUGAAGCCUUUGGCUUUCCAUGAGCUUCCCACCAGCUCCUUUGGUCUGCAUGCGCCGGAGAGACCCCUGACUUCCAGUCAGAACUACAGCAGCCUGUAUGGAGUGACUCCUCAAUGGCAGAACUUUUACGGGGGCCGCAUGACCGAGGACCGUCUCAUCGCUGUGCGGAACGCAACCAGCGAAACUAUUGAUCACUUGCAUAAGAGCCUGGAGUCCUGUCCCAGCCCAGAUAGCACGGCAGAAGACCCCCGAGGACUGAAGGUCCCGUUACUCUUGCACCAGAAGCAGGCGCUGGCGUGGCUCCUCUGGAGAGAGACUCAGAAGCCUCAGGGAGGUAUUUUAGCUGAUGAUAUGGGACUCGGGAAAACGCUGACGAUGAUCGCGCUCAUCCUGAUUCAGAAACAGAAGCAGCAAAAAGAAAAAGAGGAAGAAAAGAAGCUCGAGUCCUGGAUUUCCAAAACCGACUCGUCUCUGACCGUCUCCCGAGGGACCCUCAUAAUCUGCCCUGCGUCCCUCGUCCACCACUGGAAAAAGGAGGUUGAGAAGCGAGUGUCAGACAGCCGGCUGCGGGUUUAUCUCUAUCACGGACCAAACCGCGAGAAGGACUGCAAGGCGCUGGCGCAGUAUGACAUCGUCGUCACCACGUACAGUCUGGUGUCCAAAGAGAUUCCGGUGAAGAAAGAAGAGGGAGACGCGCCGGCCAAGGACCAGGACUUGGAGGAUAAGGCGGCCGCCUCUUCCCCUCUCCUGCGCAUGGCGUGGGCCCGCAUAAUCCUAGACGAGGCCCAUAACAUCAAAAAUCCAAAGGUCCAGACCUCCAUUGCCGUGUGCAAGCUACGAGCCGGGGCCCGAUGGGCGGUGACCGGGACCCCGAUACAGAACAACCUGCUGGACAUGUACUCUCUGCUCAGGUUUCUGAGAUGUUCCCCGUUCGAUGAGUUCAAGCUGUGGAAGAACCAGGUGGACAACGGCAGCAAGAAAGGUGGCGAGAGGCUGAACAUCCUGACCAAGAGCCUCCUGUUACGGAGAACCAAGGACCAGCUGGACCACACGGGGAGACCCCUGGUCCUUCUUCCUCAGAGACGCAGCGAGCUGCACCGCCUCAAGCUGUCUGCGCAGGAGCGCUCCGUGUACGACGUCAUCUUUGCCAGAUCCAGGUCUACAUUACAGAAUUACUUAAAGAAGCAUGAAGGGGGCGUGCGGGAGCCGGCCAGGGGGGCGGAGAACCCGUUCGAGAGAGUUGCCCGGGAGUUUGGGGGCAGUCAAUGUGAUCUCCCGUCCUCGGGACCCACUCAAGGAUCCAGUACUGUUCACAUUCUGUCUCUGCUGCUGCGGCUGCGCCAGUGCUGCUGUCACCCGUCUCUGCUGCGGCUGACUCUUGACCAGACGGAGCUGAAGAGCGAGGGGGUGAGUCUGAGUCUGGAGGAGCAGCUGAACGCGUUGUCCCUGAGUGAGCUCCAGAGCCCUGACCUGAAAUCGACCGUCUCCCUGAACGGGACCAGCUUCCCGGCAGAGCUGUUUGAGAGGGAGAGCCGCAGCACGAAGAUUGACUCCCUCAUCUCCGAGCUCCGCACCAUUAGUAGCAGCUCUGUGCCCCAGAAAAGCGUGAUCGUGUCGCAGUGGACCAGCAUGCUGAAGAUCGUGGCCGUUCACCUGAAAAACAUGGGACUGUCUUUCGCGACCAUCGAUGGUUCAGUGAACCCCAAGCUGCGCAUGGAUCUAGUGGAAGACUUCAACAGCGACCCCCGGGGGCCGCAGGUAAUGCUGGUUUCUCUCUGCGCUGGAGGCGUCGGCUUAAACCUGAUUGGCGGGAAUCACCUGUUCCUCUUGGACAUGCACUGGAAUCCGGCCCUAGAGGAUCAGGCGUGCGACCGAAUCUACCGCGUGGGUCAGCGCAAGGACGUCGUCAUACACCGGUUUGUGUGUGUGGAGACGGUGGAAGAGAAGAUCACUCAGCUUCAGGAGAAGAAGAAGGAUUUGGCCAACAAAGUCCUCUCCGGGAACAGCUCCUCGUUCACCAAGCUCACCCUCGCCGACCUGCGCCUGCUCUUCGGGUUAUAGGAAGGGCCCCGGUACCGGCCAGUGACCCAGUUUCUAAGAACUCUUCUCUUUUUUAUAUGUUAAUAAAUAAAUGUUAUUUAUCUGAA